CCCGUUCAUGUGUCUUACCUAGUUGAAAUCACUUUGAAAAAUGGCUUGAUGGAUGGGCCGAGAGCCACACGUGUUGGUCCACGGGACGAACAAACAUGAACAGUCGAUCAUAAGAGACUAUGCAAACACUCGUCAGUAUCGCCAAACAUCUCACGUGCCCGCUCCUCGCAGCCCGUCCGCACCACAGUCGCACCACCAGCUUGCUCUUCUUGCCGCUGGGGUGAUAGCCCCUCAGUGGCCCUCUCAGCUGCAGCUCAGCCCACCAAUCACGCACCGGCUGGAGGCCUUCCGCCUUGGCUGAGUCGUCGGCAAACCACGCCUGGGGGCCCUCCUCCGCUGGCCGCUUCAUCUCCCAUACGAGGGGCAGGGUGGCCACAGAGUAGAAGAGGGAGGCCAAGGGGCCGCCUUGUGUGUUCCCUUCUCGACUCCACAGCGGCGCGGAUUGGUCGCGCAUGUAGAGGGCCGCAUGGCCGCGAUAGGUGUUGAACAGGAAGCGUGAGCACCGCGGCCACAAAAUGCGGACGUUCCACAGGGCGGCAGGGCGAUUCAUCGUGUUGAAGGCGUUCGUCGCAUCCACCAGGAUCGCGCACUCCACGUCACCCGAGUCGAACACGCCGGAUACCGUAUGAAUGGCACCCUCCACGCCCCCCUUGAGCCCGGCACACAGCUGGUCUGCAUCGCACAACCUCCGCAUCCCGACCGCCUUCGCCAUUGCCUUGCCCAUGAUGCGCAUCAGGACCGCCCCGAUCCCGAUGGGCCGGACACCCGGUUGCUUGUCCAGGCGGAUAAGCGGACAUGCGCGCGGGGGGGGGGGUGACUGCUCGUAGGGCACAUGCUCGUUGGCAAUGUGUGAGUUCAU